AUGCUCCUGGGUGCAUGCCUUGCUUUUCUGCUCACUUUUGGAAUCUCCUCUGCACCUGACUUUAAACUAAGCGAUUCUAAACUCCUCCUGCCAUAUUUCAGUACCGUUAGCGUUAAUUACACAAUUACUGGUUCGGGUCAUUCGUGCUACGAAUGGUGGUCGGGUUCUCCUGAAGUGGUCGCAGUUGUACCUCUUGGGGAAAUAGGGAAGAAAUGCACUGACAGAGCGUCGGUCACGGCUGUUUGGCAAUCCGCUUUGCGCCGUACCUCGACAAUAUACGCCCGUGAGUCCGUUACGAGACAUGUGCUAGAGUGUGACGUGAUUGUUGACGACAUUCACACCAUCAAGAUUGACACAACUACGCAGGAACUUUAUUUGCAUAACACGCCAGCAUCACUAGUCGUUAUUGGUUAUGAUGAAUUCGGCAACACAUUCUCCAGUCUUGAUGGCAUUCCAUUUGAAUGGAAAAUUCAUUCUGGGAGUGAAGAAGAUCUAAAAACGACGGGUGAUGGUGUACUUCGCUUCCUUACUUGGACGGAGUCUGAGUACACCACGCCAAGUCGUAUUGGCCUUCUUGAAGCUGAGGGCAUGCAAGGUUAUAUGCAACUUGUUAGUGGGCUUAGGACUGGUUCCGCUGUUGUAAGUGCGAUGCUACGUGAAUCUGCUUACAGUCAUGUGCCGUCUGCUAAAGUGCGUUUGCUUGUUAUGGCGAAAGCACAACUUAAUCCGCCAGUUCUUUACCUAAUCCCCAAUUCACUUGCACGUUUUCAAGUGAACGUCGUGCGACAAGAUACAGACAAAGGUUUGCCCAUAGGGUGUCGUAAAUUUCUUCUAGAGGUUGUAAUGCCGUCAAUGCAAUAUUAUCUUUCCGUCGCGGAUGGAACAAUAAUCGAACUGGACAGUGAUACUGGCUCAACUAUAACGGCUCAGAAAUAUGGACAAACAACAGUGACUCUUUUGGACAGAAACGUUGAAGAAGCCAUCAAAGUGCUGGAAUCUAGUAAUCCCGAUGGAAGUGACACGGAAGCCCAAAUGUUGACCCAUUAUCGGCGCCCAACCUCGAUAGCUUACGUUGUUGAGCCUGCAUAUUUCCGAUUUACCAUCCAACCCAUUGACGAAGAUGCACGGUUGUGUGUUGCGGCGGCUCGUCAGUCUCUUUCACAAGUUCCCAGCCAGAGUCCACACAACCACUGGACUUUGGAGAUCGGGAAAACAUACGAAUUGUCUCUCGACCUUUAUGAUCAAAAUAAUCACCGCAUUUUCCCAGCUGACAAUAUUCGCAUUUCAGUCGUAUUUCCGAAUGGUGCUUUUAACGUAUCGGACAGUGCGCCGAAUGGAACUACACACACCAUCGUACCGCGUAAGACGGGAAUGUUUACCAUAAAAUCAACUCUGGAGGGUGUGAUAACGAAGACAGGAGAAAUGAAACUGUUGAGCCACCCAGUUACUGGAAGCCAAGAGAUGAUUGUUUACUCAUCACUCAAUGUCUUUCCCAACCAAGUGAACAUUGCCUGGGACGUAUCGGUGAAUGUCAGCGAAGGAUAUGCCCUAACGGCGGAGGGUGGCAGUAAUGACUACGUGUGGACGGUGCUGCCUGCAUCCGGUUUUUCUUCCUCGGAGUUCCAAGCCAGCAGGGCAAACGAGGUUGUCACCGUAUCAAACGAAGGAGUUUUAUUUGCAAAGGGAAUAGGCACUGCCUUGGUUGUUGUCUCUGAUCUGCGAAACCCGAGCAUGUGCUCCCAUUCCGCAAUUCGAAUAAGCAAUCUGGCAAGCAUGAAUUUCUCACCCGGUCGCGCGGAGGUUUAUCUCCCCAGACGGCCGUUGUUCGACGAUGAAGGCCGACUUUCAUCCUUAUUAAGUGCUCGCUCCAUCUCCUUGGACUUAAAGGACCUGGUACCCGAUCCUCUAGCUGGUCAAGUGCCACUGGAUCAGCACGAAAAGACGGACAACGCCAUUCUAUCCGUGGGGUUAAAGGCUCAGGAUGUUGAAGGAAAUCUAUUAACUUACUGUCAUAACUUGCCAAUUCAAGUACGACCAAAGGAUCCGUCAAUUAUCAAAGUGCUCCCUGGUGUUCACUACCUCCCACCCUCUGCAGGGAGGUUCGACCGCAGCAGUGUUUGCGCGUUUGUCCGUGUUGUCGGCCUACGUGGGGGCAUUACGGAGCUUGAGGUAUUUUACACCUCAGGGUUGAAUUCAGAAGAACAUGAGGUACAAGCACGGUCCCCGAUCGCUGUUUACCAGGAUAUUACCUUCCUGCAUAAUGCUGCUGUCUUGGCCCUUGCUGUUGGCUCAUCGGGGCGCAUUUCUCAUAUAAAUGGUCCUAUUCCGUGGCACCUGGAUGCGGGUUCGCAUUUUGUUAAGCUGGAUCUCUCCGAACCUCCACAUGGAAAAAGAAGUCCUUCUGUACUUCAACAGCCGCAACCCUUCGUUUUGCAAGAAAACAGUAGCACACCAGGACAUAACUUUGUGCUACGUUGUGAGUCUUCGGGCAAUUUCGAAGUCACUGUUACUGUUGGAAAUCGUCCAUCCUCAACCAAUCCUUUUCCCGCCGUAUUGUCGGCUACCCUUUCACUGAUUUGUGAUGUUCCGUCCAAAAUCGAGCUUAUUCCACAUUUGGAUCUUCCAACGUUAUCCGCCGAUCUUCCUCCGUGCCCCAUCGUCAACCGUUCCUUAGGGAGUUCAGAUGACAUUAUUCCUAUUUCCAACAAUGUUCCGCUAAAUGUGGAGGUUGCUUUCAAAGGCUUUGCUGGUUACGAACUAAGCGGGGUGGAUUCAAUUGGAGUACGCACGCGUAUUACCUCGGACACGAGUAAAAUAAGUGAAAUUGUCUCCACGCCCGAGCCCGUCGUUCUUGGACUCAAGCAGAUCAGUGGUCCUGACAGAUCCGCUAAACCCCACUUUUUUGUAACACCACGCAUUUUGGGGGAGUCAGCGGGGCUACUACAUGUGCACGUAGUGGCUGAAUAUCAGUGGCCAGGAGAGCGAUCUUCUAUUCUCGAAUCUGUUCUUACUCUCAAAAUGGCUCCCAAAGUUACUAUCGAACCAAUUGAUGACUUUCAGCUUCUAUUACACCCGAAGGUAUGUUCUUUGGCUACAGCGGACAUUUGGUUUAUUGUGUAUCUACUCAUGCGUUUUCAGGCCUUUGCAAAUGUCCACCUUUCUUACGGUUCGGGAUUCUUCCAUUUCAACAUUGUAUUGCACGAUUCUACAUCUAAGCUCCCGAGUCAACCCUGCCUUUUGGUUCUGCCCUCCUCCCGUUACGAGGGUGAUGUUCAGAAAUCACAACGGGACUUUCUUUUGAGCCCAAAAUGUCUUGGCAAGGUAACGAUCCGGGCGACCGAUCUGUGCUUUUCUGGAGGAUCCACCUUUCCUGAAGAUGGUGGGAAGAAGUUAAUGAAAAUUGGACCCUCCUUUGAUGAUCGUGUGGUAUCUGUGGCACAUGCUUAUGUUCGUGCUUUCGACACGGAAAGAAACGUGCUUCCUGCUCAUUUUGUAAAUUUCCUGGAUUUGGAAGUGAUUUCCUCCUCUGGUGGCCACCCAUCUGAAACCAACCUUGUCAUGGUUGCAACAUGUCCAGACUCUCCGCCUGGCUCUAAUGGCCUGGGACUUGCAUCAAAAGGUGUUUCUGGGACUCAGUUUUGGCUCUCCAAGCCCAUUGGACACCUUGGUGCUCUUCCUGGUCUUGCUAAGCUGAAUCUUUGUGGCCAAGAACUCGGUCCCUCAAAGUUGAAAGUCGUCUCUGGCUCUGUGACUAGUAAUGUUGAAAGAGUCAAUGUCUACGCUCCAUUAAGCUUGAAGCCUUGCAACAUAAAUCUGCUGCUGGGAGCUGCGCAUCAAAUAGUAACUACCGGUGGUCCAUCUUCAAGCUCUGUGACUUUUCAAAUUACUUCUCAGUAUCCUGGACGACCCAAACUGAGCGUUAAGCAAGUUGGUGAAGAGGGCGAUAAGAAUGGAAUCCUCGUGCGUGCUGAAUUAGGUCGCGCAGGCAGCGCUACAGUGUUAGCCAACGCCACCAGUCCCACUGGCUAUGCGGGAUUAGAUACUCUCGACUUUGACGCUUGGGGUCUCACGCCGCCACCUACAAUUUUGUCUUCCAAGGCAUCCUGUCAAGUGAACGUCGUCGCUCUUUCGGGUAUUCGGAUUGGUUGUCCUCUUCCAACUCCAAGCCGUAGUGACGAAGGGCGCAUUUUGGUUGCCUCGGCCAAUGGCAACUCCAGCGUCGGUGGUGUUCCCGUUUGGGCAGAGGGUGUCGCUGCCGUCGGCGAAAACGGAGUCGCAGUCACACCCAUGGGGCUAGCCGAUAUCCAACCGCCACUGCACUUUUCCUGGCGUCUUUCGCCUCCAAUGCCAAACUCACCCGCUCACCUUUUCCACUGGCUCGGUCAUCUUAACGUUGAGCCCGACGAUACGAGCCUUUCUUCUGGUGUUUUGGUCGUCGGUGUUGCAGCUGGACAGGUAAAGCUGCACUUGACUGUCUUCACGGAGGGUGGUUUGAAGACUGGUCAGCUGACAUCGCCAAAUUCUCAUGGUACUCCACAACCAGUUGAACAACUCUCUGCCGAGAUAACCUUUUCCGUCGUGUCUCGUCUGACCUUGCUCAAUCCAUUUCGUCAAAAUCCGCGCAUCCUCGUCUCCCCCAACAGCCGCCUUCAACUGACUAUUCCAUCCCAUAUCCUUGCAGAUGGAGGUGCUCACUACUCUAUCAAAUGUCCUAGUGAUUCGCCCACGGAUAUGCUUCGGGUUACCUCCAGUGGCCUCCUUGAGUCCGGUGUCUGCAGUCGUUGUGGUGCUUGGUCUGAUUGGCGAUUGAGCCAUUGCCUUUGCCACCUGCGUGUCAACUACAACCCCGCCUCUGCAAGCAGCACAGAGGGCAACGAGCACGUUCGCCAGUCUCUCGCUCUCGAUGUAGUUGUCAAAGCGCCUCUCUACACACUUGCCCGUGCACAACCUGGACACUAUAGCCUGCCAAAAGGCAGCAGUGGCCUCCCUUUUGGUGGACCUUACCCCAUUACGUUAUCCUUCCAUGAUGAACUCGGAGAAGUAUUUGAUGCUGUCUCAGAGGAUCUACUCUCCAUACGCUUGAGCACGCAUCGCUCCGCUCUCCUCGACUACUUCGUCGAAACCGGUGGGAGCGGUUCGCAAUUCUCGGCUGGGCGAUUAAUGCUGCGACUCAUUCCACCACUUCACACCGACUUGAGCACACUACAGGCUACAACUACUCUGAAAUUGGCACAUGAUCUGCUGUCGGGAACGGAGGAAUCAGCUAUCCUUACACCAACUUACCUCACUGUUCCCAUUGGUUCCUUAUUAGACGUUCACGGUAUUUUGGAAUUUACUGUCGGUCAGUGGGCUUGCUUGCCUCUCCUUCCACAAGGAGAUGGAGUUUGGUCCUCGAGUGAUCCAAAUCUCCUGUGGAUCGAUAAUCAGUCAAAGUUCAUGCUUCCUUUGCGAGGAGGUCACGUGCAUUUGCAAUUCACCCCAAAGACUAAGACAGGAGUGCAGGUCUCCCUGUUGGGCAAGUUGACCUUGAAGAAUGUUUGCUCAAAAUCGAGUAUUCAUCUACGAUCUAGGUCCUCCUCAUCGUCAAUCAUGCCUGUUGGGUUGGACUUGGCUCAGGAGGUUCAUAUUCACUUUGCGCUUGCUCCUUUCGCUUCUGCCGGUAAUAGUUCGUGUGUCAGCGCCGUGGCGACGUCUGCCCUCUCUGAAAUUUCUCCCCUGACGUGCUCGGCUCGCCUGGAGCUGGGUGACAGCGGUAGUGGUGGCAGCGAACGGCAUCAGACACGGUGGGUGUCGCUUCCAAAUUGGUUACGCGGUUUCCUCUUGGCUGAACGCUACGCCACUACACUGAGUUUGGUGGUUGAGCCAGAUCUCAUGGCUGCAUUAGCGAAUCCCGUCGCACAAUCUGCCGAUUUCUACACCCAACUAAUACCUUCGGCCUUGGAAGAGGGAGCAUGGACAUGUGUCGUUCGAGCUGGCGACUCGAGCGACUAUUCUCGGCUGGCGGUUCUUCCUCACGACUCGCGUCUUGUAGUUGAGGUUAAGGGGAGCUGCGGAGCGGCAUCAGACAGUGCAACUAAAGAAGUCAUUACCAGGUCCGAAUUGACUUUGGCUCCCGCCUUUCGAGUUCUCGUUCCGUUAAUGCAUUUGAGCAAUGCCGUACCUCUGAAACUUACUCCGCGGGUACCAGUUGCAAACUUACUUGUCUUCAUCCCUCCGGCCACCCUGACACAAAUGGAGUCCGGGGCUAAUGCGGAGCAAGCACUGAAAGCGCGCUCACAGCGACCCGAUUUGCUGGCAAUAGCUUCUGCUCCGCGACCCGUCUACUCCGCCAGCCAGGUAAAGACUGCUCUUGAGCACAUGGCUGGUGAAUACGGCCAUUCCAGUGGGAUGGGGGGUCUGUUUCACAACCUAAGCCUCAUGAUGGAGAAUGAGGCUCAGGCCUCCCCCGAGCAGGCUUUCGGUAAUGGACUUAUCUGGAUCAUUGGUAUCAAGUCGCUUCCCACCAAAGCAGCCGUGGACACGACAGUGGAGGUCGUGUUGAGUCUGAAGGUGACAGGUCAGCACAUAUCGGUGCCGAUUCACGUCCAUACGCGCGGUCUUCGGGCCGGUGAGCUACCUGAGAUCGAGGGCGAUGGGGAGAAUGAGGCGGGCUACGGCCUAUUUCGUGAGGUCUUUUGGGCUAAUCUCUCUUGGCUCAAUCUCCUUCUCCUCGUCUUCCUCACUAUUCUCCUCCUACUUGCAUCCCAUGUGGUAACACGCAGCCUCAGCGGUUCUGGACUUGGAGGUGCCGAUGAGCAGAAGAAUCUACCCCCACUGUCCAACACCGAAGAUGCGUCCAGCCGUGGAAGCCCUCGACUGUGGAGCCAGGGCUUUGGGCUGCAUGGCAGAGGGAGCCUCGCCCCACCGACCCAUAUCCCACCGAAAUUCCGCACCUUAGCCGACUCAGCCUCCUCGCCCUUUGGCGACACCUUUGGGUUCUAUAAUGCAGAGCAAGCUAGUGCUACCAGUAGAUUUCGAGUUUCCUCACCCUCACGUCUGCGUGAAGCAUUCGAUAACAGUCUUUAA